AUGCACCCCUUACCAAUUGUCACUUUUGCCAUUGGAGGGUUGAGAGGAAAGGAUCUUACUUUAAUAAAGAUCAAUUACGUACCAAAGAAUAGCAUAUCACUCCUGGAGGUCACUUUCGAUUCACAGAUAAUGGCCGAUCAGCUCACUGAUGACCAGAUCUCCGAGUUCAAAGAAGCCUUCAGCCUGUUCGAUAAGGAUGGAGAUGGUUGCAUCACUACGAAGGAGCUCGGAACAGUUAUGAGGUCUCUUGGGCAAAACCCAACAGAGGCUGAACUCCAAGACAUGAUCAACGAGGUCGAUGCUGAUGGAAAUGGGACCAUUGAUUUCCCUGAGUUUCUUAAUCUGAUGGCUAGGAAGAUGAAGGACACAGACUCUGAAGAAGAACUGAAGGAAGCUUUUAGGGUUUUUGAUAAGGACCAAAAUGGCUUCAUUUCUGCAGCUGAGCUUCGUCAUGUUAUGACAAAUCUUGGUGAGAAAUUGACAGAUGAAGAAGUUGAUGAGAUGAUUCGUGAGGCUGAUGUUGAUGGCGAUGGUCAGAUCAACUAUGAGGAAUUCGUCAAGAUCAUGAUGGCCAAAAAGAGAAGAAAGGAAGUAGCCAUGCAAUCAAGAGUCAAGUCCUCAAGGAGUGGUUGGAGAAAGGCUCGUGGAAGUUGUAUUGUACUUUAAAUGUGUCAUUGAUAUCUUCUUUUCAAAAUAAAAUUUAUCUGAUCGAAAAUAAUGAGAUCGUCCUAGGUUGCAUUGGUACAUCAAUCGACAUCUACUUUCACAAAAACCUUUAGAUUCGAAAAAGUAUAUACCCUUUCAAGCAAAAGAAAAUUAAGACUGAAAAAACAUAGUCAACUUUGUAUUAUGUUAUCAUCCACAGGUAUAAAAAUGGUUUUAUGAUCUUAUUCUUUUGUAAAAUGAUACAAAUGAGUGGCAUUUGUAUUUUUUAAACAUGGUUAUGAACGUAUCAAACAUCUGCAUGUGCAUCUAUCUAUCAUUCUUAAUAAAAGAGUAAUUCUCCCAUUACACGUGUCAAUUUUCUAAGGCAUUCUCUCUAUCACUAGCCAUAUGUCAUCCUCUAAAACAUUUCCUGUAUUUAACAAUUUAAAAUUUGAACUAUUUUUGAAUUAAUAUUUGUCACACCCCCAAACCGAAAAACGGCGAAAACGUCUGGGGUGGGGGACAUCAUGUGUAGGUAUCACAACAAUUGCAUCAUAAUAAUCAAAGUAAACACAAUCAUUACAUUAUAGUAUGAAUAUUUACAUAUGUUGAUUUCAUAGUUUAUAUACAUCAAAAAGUAGCAAAAAGAUAAAGACGAGACUCCAUAUGCUCCGUCUUCUCAAAAGCCGGCGAUGGUACCUGUCUACUGAUAUCCUGAGAAUACAAACGAUUUUGAAAAUGUAUCAGCAUAAAGCUGGUGAGUUCAUAAGAAUGUUUUGUAGUGAAGACCAUUGUUAUCAAGUUCUGAAAAAUGUAUGGAUGCU